AUGGCGCCGAACCCCAGUUUAACCGCCUCGGUGGGCGCUGAUCACAACCAAGAUGUCUCCUCUUCCAAGGGCAAAGACUCCGCCGACAAGUUCGAAGAUGAAACUGAAAACAUAAACGACGACUCUGAUGAUUCUGGAGGCGGCAGUCGUUCAGACGCCUCAUCGGUCAGCAGCAACGGUGGUGGCAGCGGUCUCUUCAUCAGCUCUACCAUUUCGAGAGACGACACACUGAGCAAGGUUUCCAAGAAGCGUGGCAUGUUAUCAAAGUUGAAUGACCAGUUCAACGAUGGGACUCUCCAACUGAACAACUCCAACGUCUUCAGGGACACACUGGGAGUAGGCUAUGGCAUGUCUGAACUGGUCCCACCACCCCCGAUAGAACGACCUCGAAGGCUACCUCUUAUGGUGCCUCCCGGUCCACGUUAUCGACCACCCGGGCGGUUCCGUCCACCAGUCGGCAAGCCGCUCCCAGCUCACAUUCCACCUCCGGGCCCAGCAGCGCCCCUGGACUAUCCUGUGGGCCUCCCCCCUCGUAUGAUCCAAAGCCAAUUGAUGUUGCCGAGAUACCCAUCAACAAAAAGUUCGAAUACCAGAUGGCGCCGGCAACUGCUACGAAAGCGAGGGCUCAUCCUUGGCUCAAAGAGGGACGAAACCCAGGCAUCCGGUUCUAAUUCGGAACUCCCGCUUCCUGAACGCCCAUUCACGCAACUGAAGAAUCCGGUAGAAACACCGCGUGUGACGGUAAGUUCCUCUGAUGCUAUUGGGUUACACACCGAUGAGGACAUGAGGCCAUCGUCGAUAGAACACCCUGGAAGUUAUGGAAGCAAGAGAUCAGCAAGCCACGGACAGCUGAAACAUAAAGCUGCAUUCGCCGACACCCCGGAGGCUUCUGUUCAGUCGGAUAGUCAGGACAAUGAUGCGAGCCACUUGCAACAAGUUGCAGAAGUUCAUGCACUCGACAAGAAGAAUAGGCCCGAAAGAAAACCAGGACUCGCUGAGUCACUGAGUUACCUCACAGAACAACAUCUCAACAUCGACUUGCUGGAUGAUAACCAGGAAGUCUCGCGGUUCAUCUCGUAUCUAUUUGACACGAUACAAAUGUUGGAGAAUCAGAUUCGAUACAACGCCGCCGAUUCUUCCAGUAGUUCUGGCAGCGAUUCCGAAGACGACCAAGAGUCUGUCGGGCCACCCGUUCCGCGGUGCCGCGUUGUUCACCGGAUCUUCUGCACGAAUUCGUUACACGCUCAUGACGGAGACAUGUACGAAGACGAACCGCGACGUGCCAGUGCUUCGUCCAACGGCGACUCGGGACUCGAAGCCCAAGUCGAGAUCAUCAAUCUGCGUGCGUACCUGAGUAGCCACCCCGAGGUCUGUUUUGUCGUCAUCAAAGAACACAACUGCGCGCUCGACGCAAGGUCCGCGGCGAUUCGCGUGUGGACCUCGGGCAAGUCAGGCGUCACUUCGGAGAGGUCAGAGAGACUGCGGAUCGUGUCGCCCUUGAUCCAGAAGGCCUUGGCGCAGGUUGCAGAGUUCCAAAUCUACGACGAACCCGGCGACCGGGAAUUCGACGAGCCCACAGAGAUGGAUGCGCCGUACCUGUUCCUCUUCCAUCACCGGGCACAGCUUGCCGCGCUGGCAAAGCAAGAAACAUACACAGCGGUCCUCUCACCUCUUUUGGAGUUUCUGAAAGACAACUACGAGCAGGAGUACCAAGAGGCAGAGGACAUGUUCCGCCAGGGCUACGUAAACGCCCUUCAUCUCGACAAGCUCUUCAAGCCAAACCAGAUGGUUAUUAAUUGCAAGAACCCGGAAGCGCUGGAGGCCUUCAUCCUGAAAAAAUAUACAACAGUGGAAAAGAACAAGAUCUGUUUCCGCGGCUGGACCUGGCAGUACAACGGUACCGAUCUGUCGAGAACAAACUACCAUAGUAAGAUGGACCUGGUCUCUGAAGAAAAGACGAGGAUAUCGGAUUUGAACAUUCAUCCCACCGAGUUCGCCCGGGAUGAGAAUAUCAAGAGACUCACUUCUAGAGGCAUGAAAUUCUGGGAUAUGAAAGGCCAGGUGUACACCAGUUACACGGGGUGGGACAAAGGCCGUGAACAUUACUACUCGGGUGCAAGAUUCAUGGUAGACACGGCCACAUACCAGCUCAUGCAUCGGGGUUCAUUGUCAGGGGCUCACGAAGACCCUCAACCGUACAAGUUUGACACAUGGCCUACCAAGAUUGGCCCACGGGACGAGCUGCCCGUCAGCACAGUCAUGCUCCUGCCAGCGACCACUUACGGUUUCAAUCUCCACGAGAAGAAAUGGGUCAAUCUCAACAUUGAAAACCUGCACCCCGUCGACUGGAACAAGAAAGCCUUCGACCGCCUAGUCCUCGAACCAAAGACGAAGGAGAUGAUAUACGCCCUUGUCGACGUGCAGACAUCGGCAAAGAAGAUGGACGAUAUCAUUACGGGAAAGGGCAAUGGCUUGAUUGUGCUCCUGCACGGAAGCCCGGGCACAGGCAAGACGCUGACGGCGGAGAGUGUGGCGGAAAUCGCGGAAAAGCCGCUGUAUCGAGUCACGUGCGGCGACAUUGGCAUCGAUGCCCGUGACGUGGAAAAGUACUUGCAGACGGUCAUGUACCUAGGAAAGAUUUGGGACUGUGUUCUCCUUCUUGACGAAGCCGAUGUGUUUCUGGAAGAAAGAACUAUGGCAGAUCUGCAACGAAACAGUCUCGUCUCGGUGUUCCUUCGCAUCCUCGAGUACUACGAGGGAAUUCUCAUUCUCACCUCGAACCGGGUCGGUACCUUCGACGAAGCGUUCAAGUCGCGCAUCCAGGUGGCGAUCCACUACGACGACCUGACCAAGAAGUCGCGCAAGGCCAUCUGGCGUAACUUCUUCGACAUGAUCGAGGAGUCGAGCGACGAGGACGCCAACAUGCCCGAGCUGGAGAGGCGGCUCGACCAGCUGGCGCAGGAGGAGAUGAACGGGCGGCAGAUCAGGAACGCCCUGCUCACGUCCCGCCAGUUGGCGAAGCACCGCAACGAGCGGCUGGACUGGGAGCAUCUCAGCCAGGUGAUGAAGACGUCGGCCGCCUUCAACAAGUACUUGAAAGCAGUCCGCGGGCACAGCGACGAGCAGUGGGCGCGAGAGGAGAUGUUGAGGUGA